CAGGUUCAGUUCCGACUUCCGCCCGUCCCGGCCCUUUCCCGUUCGGCUCGUGCGGUGGCAGCGGCGAUCGCGGACGCCGGGUCUCUUGUUUUCAUCGCAUAGACACCUCUCCUGCAAAGAUGGUCAACGUACCUAAAACCCGGAGGACUUUCUGUAAGAAAUGUGGCAAGCAUCAGCCUCACAAAGUGACCCAGUAUAAGAAGGGCAAGGAUUCCCUGUACGCCCAAGGAAAGCGGCGCUAUGAUCGGAAGCAGAGUGGUUACGGUGGGCAGACAAAGCCAAUUUUCCGAAAGAAGGCCAAAACCACAAAGAAGAUUGUGCUCAGGCUUGAGUGUGUCGAGCCCAACUGCAGAUCCAAGAGGAUGCUGGCCAUUAAGAGGUGCAAGCAUUUUGAACUGGGAGGAGACAAGAAGAGAAAGGGCCAAGUGAUCCAGUUCUAAAACUUGUGUUUUCUGAGAGGGAAAUACUGAGGCAGUAGGCAAAUUGCCUGUUAGAAAAUAAAGUUAUUGUUACUGAUA